CACCGGAAGUGCUGCUGCGCGGCAUGUGUGGAGGGAGAGUGAAAACAUUGUAUUGUUUUUGUUUUCUGUUAUUUUACCGUUAAGAAAUGAUUGAUCUUUUAUAACAGCUAAUCUCAUGUAAUCGAUGACGGUUUAUCGAGAAAGAUGUCAGGGGAACCUCGUGUUCAGACGGCUCCUGAGCCUCUCCGGGUCGCUCCUGUCCGGACCACAGAACUUCACUGUCCUGAUCUGGACCUGUCUGUCACUCUCACACCAGAACGACCUGCAGACAGACACCAGCGACAGGUGCGGUUUAAUGUGAGUCCGCAGCGCAGCGGGCACUCGGAGCGUGAUCCGGUGGUCGCCACGGUGAUUCCAGAACCGAGCACUAAUCAAUCCGCAGUCCGGAAAGCUCAAAUCCAAAAGAAAAAAGGGACUGAAUCAGGGCGAGGUCGUGUGAUGGGCGGAGACUCUGUGGUGUGUGAUGGACAGCUGACAGAGGGGGCGGAGCUGAACACGACACUGGCGCUGAGGGCGGAGCUUCGGGAAGUGGAGGAGUUGGUGUUUGAUCCGGAGAAAGCUGUGAAGGAGAAACUGCAGAACUCCACCCUCACAAAGAACCACAUCAGCAGCAAAGCAGCAGAGGGGCUGAAUUUCCCGCGCUCUCAGCAUCUGUACCGGGCGUUAGUGAGCGUCAGCCUACCACACGAUCAGCUCAUCAGCCAGGCACUGCAGGAUAGGCCAGCACUGGCACCGCCCACCAGCUCACAGACCAAUAAGUUCUCAUCACAGCCACUAGAGGCCCCUGAUUUACUGCCGUUCUACAGUCCUGACAAACUGCUCCGAGAGACUCCACUGUUGCCUGGCAACCACAUCUCUUUACCCCGCCCACGGCCAAAACCCGCCCACACAACCUUUCACCUACAUCAUCUGCACAAACUCUGGGACUCAUGAACUGCAUGUGUGUUGUUUUUCUGAUGAAAUAUAAAUAUAUCAGAGAUAAAGGACAUAAACACAUGACAAUCAACAAGUGUGCUUCAUUUCAACUGAUGUCCCAAAUCAGGAAUUUAUAUUGUGUGUAAGAGAGUGUGUGUGUGUGUGUCAGUGUGAGUGAGUGUGUGUGUGUGUGUGUGUGUGUGUGAGACUGCGUGCGUGUGAGUGUGUGUGUGUGUGUGUGUGUGUGUGUGUGUGUGUGUGUCAGUGAGGGUUUCCCACACUGAUGUCCAGAAAUACAAAGAGAGAUUAGAGAUGGUGGGAUCAGUAGAAGAAUGGAAUGAGGGAUUGAAAAGAAGAGAGAUUAUUGUUGUGGUUUUAGUGUCGCUGGAGAGCCGCACAAGAUGAUCUUCAUCUCUUCUUAUUCUCGAGACAGAAAGUGUGAUGCUCUUCAGCUGAAGGACUGACACACAUCUCUUGCUGUUGUUCUAGAGGGACACAUUUGUCUGCAGAAGUGAGCUAAAUCUGACAAAACCUAAUUUUGGUUCAAAUAAUACAAAAAAUAAAUAGAUUUCUUUGUAACACCUUGUAAU